UUUCUCUUAUUCUAUAAAUGAAACCUCUAUAAUUAGCACACAUCUCACACCAUUCAACACCACUUGUUCAAAAACUUCACAUACAGAUAAACCCUAAUUGAUCAUGAAGAUCAAAAUUAUAAACUCCACCAUGAUACGUGCAGCUCAAGAAACUCCUAUUCGAUCUCUAUGGCUCUCUAAUUUAGACCUAUUGCACGAAAGAAACAAUGUUCCUACGGUUUACCUCUACAAUAAGUCCACUAAUUUUGAUGCAAAAGUGCUGAAAGAUGCCAUGAGCAAAGUUCUUGUUCAAUUUUAUCCUGUUGCAGGCAGAUUGGGUAGGGAUGAAAAUGGCAGACUUGAGAUAAACUGUAACAAUGAAGGAGUGAUGUUUUUAGAAGCUGAGACCAACUCUAGAAUUGAUGAUCUUGGUGAUUUAAUGCUUAAUUUGAAGAUUCCGCAACUUAUUCCUACCGUUGAUUAUUCUACUGGAAUCUCUUCGUUUCCUCUUUUUGUCGUACAGGUAACUAAAUUUAGAUGCGGUGGUGUAUCGCUUGGAAUUCGAUUUCAUCAUGUUUUAGCUGAUGGCACGGCAGCACUCAAUUUCAUCAACACAUGGUGCGAAGCAGCUCGAGGCCUCCCCAUUGGCACACCACCAUUGAUUGACAGGACAGUUCUCCGCAGCCAAUACCAACCAAACCCUAAGUUUCAACACUCCGAGUUCGGUAAGCCACUUACACUGAACAAUUCUUCCGCCGAAAAUCCUAUACUUCAAUCAAAUUCUAUCGAAAUCCUUAGAUUCACACCGGAUCAGCUGAGUAUAUUGAAGAGUAAAGUGAACAGCAUAAAUGGUACUACAACAAAGUAUAGCAGCUACGAAACCCUAACCGCGCAUGUAUGGCGUUGCACGUCGAAAGCACGCAACUUAGCUGAUGAUCAACCGACGAAGCUAUACAUUUCCGUUGACGGGAGAUCGAGAUUGGACCCUAAACUGCCGCGUAAUUACUUUGGUAAUGUGAGUUUUCCGACUACAGCAAUUGCAUUAUGUAAAGAGUUGCUGUCGGAGUCAUUACAGGAUACUGCAGAAAGGAUAAGAAAGGCAGUAAAGAUGAUGGAUAAUGAAUAUUUGAGAUCAGCUAUUGAUUUUUUAGGAACUCUCGAGGAUUUGACUCCUGUAAUGAGAGGACCUGACGCUUGCCGGUGCCCUAACCUGCAUAUCAUUAGCUGGAUGUGGCUGCCAUUUUAUGAAGCUGAUUUUGGGAUGGGGAAACCAAUAUAUGUGAGGCCUGCAAAUCCACUGGAAGGUAAAGGAUAUGUUAUGCCAACUCCUGGUGAUGAUAAUAAUUGGGCACUCUCCAUCUGCCUCGACCAAGAUCACAUGCACUCCUUCAAAAAGUUGUUCUAUCACUUCUGAUCACAUCCUGAUCCAGUCGUCGGUCACAAUUAUUUCCGUCUCUCUAUCUUUUUUGGUAUUGUUUUUUUUCUUUUGUCGUCUCAUCCCAUCUGAUCAUUCUCUGAUUUUCGGUCACUCGCCAUUUUUCUCCUCUCUUAUCUACGUUCAUUUUCUGAUUCUGCAACUGCUUAUGCAGAUUGAACAAUUCUAAGCUCCUUUUUUUCAUGGCCAUUAUUUGUUUAUUGCAACUUAAAGUUUUCUCAUUA